AUGCCACGUCCACGUGUGAAACCGCAGGACCGCAAGCGCUCUGUCAGGGCGUGUAGGGCCUGCAAGGCGUCCAAAAAGCGCUGUGAUUCAAAUCAACCUUGUCACACUUGUAUCAGGAGGAACAUUGCCGAACUAUGCGAGUAUUCCCCACCGCAGCGUAGAACACGGCUCUCGCAGGAUCCUGCAAUAUCCGCACUGAGCCCUGCUUCGCCUGACAGUCCGCCGCAGCACUGUCUUGAAGCUGGUCAGCGGCCCGAAGCGCGGGAAAGGGACGACACUCGCGAAACGCGGGACACUACGCCUUCGAUGCGGCAGCGGCCGGUCAUGUUGUAUAGUUCCAGUGGGGAGAGAGUGUUCAUGGGGAGUCCUGCGGCUGUCUCAUUUCUGCAAUUCCUGAAGGCUAUCGUGAGACGCAAUGUCGGGCCAACAGGAUUCACAGAGAACCUGAACAGCCAUAGAAUGUUCGAAGUUGACGUCCCAGAUGUGGGAACGGCUUUCUUUGAGGAUGACCUGGACGAGGGAACGAAGAGAGCCUUGGUCCAGUGCUCCCUCGACGCCUCCAGUGGUCUCCUGGAUCUGUAUACGUGGCGGGAGCUUGCCGGGAUGAUCGAGUUGGCAGCGGCAAUUCGCACACCAGGCUCCAACGAGACUGGCGCCUCGGAGACAGAAAAAGAAGCUAUCACGGCUCUCUAUUUAAUGAUCGCAAUAGGGGCUCAAUGUCGGGGUAUUAACGAGGAUUUAAUGUGUGCGGCGAAAUACUUCUCUCAGGCGCGCAAGUUGGCCUUUGAGAGCAUGCUUCAAAACCCGACUGUGAAUAUGGCCCGUAUUUUUCUGCUAUUGGCUUUUUACAUGUUCGGCGCAUGUCGUCGAAAUGCGGCGUUCAUGUAUAUUGGCGUGGCCUCGAAGGCUGCUGUCAUUCUAGGGUUGCAUGUGCCAGAGCCAUACAAGCAUAUGUCUGCAGAGGAGAAAGACAUAAGGCUGCGGACCGGCAAAAGCGUUCGGGUAUUUGAUCUCAUCUGCAGCUCUAUCCUAGGACGUCCGGGUAGCAGCGUGCCACUUAAUCUUGACAGCUUCCACGCGAGGGAUCCUCUUCACGAGAUGACCCACCGCAACCUAGCACUGGACGCGACUUACGAGUCCUCUUCCGUGCUUGAAUCUAUCGUGCAGAAGCUGGCAGAGACGGACAAGCUGGACAUGAAUUCGGCCGAGAAUUUCCUACAGAUCUGGCGUGAAUGGAGCCAGGCGCUGCCGGUACAAUUACGGGAGCCACCGCAGAAGCUCUGCGAGCGGAACUACCGUGAAGCAAUGAUUGGCAAUAUCCAUGUAGCCUGCACAUAUUAUUUUGGCAUCAUCCUGGUGUCCCGCCAAUUCUUGAUACAGCACGUCACACGACAACUGCGGGGUAGAGGACACUGUGAGAUUGAGGCAGGCAAGGUGGCCGAGUUAUCGGGCGUCUGCAUCGAUGCUGCAACAUACAUGGCACAAAUGUGUUGCGACGCAGCGGAAUCCGGCAUUCUGUUGGGGAAUAUGUGUAUCAUGAAAGCAUGGGUCUUCGCAGCUGGACUUGUUCUGGGAUUUUCUCUACUAGCAGAAGAUGGAACGAAUUCUGAGUCUCACGAAGCUUUCUAUAGCGCGCGCCGGCUUCUCAGUUCUCUAGGACAGCUAAGCCCCCAGGCUACGCAGUACUACCGCAUCCUAACGAGCUUUUCCGAAGCCAUUGAUACAUACAGGCGACAAUUGCAGUGCGAGCGACGCAACGCCAGAGCGCCUUAUGUCGAACGAAUCUUGUCGCUGGGGCCAAGCGUUCACGGCCGUCGUGCGCGGCAAGAUAUUCAACGGCCAGCAGUCUCUGGGGCAGCGGUCAUAGAUGAUUCUGUAGCUGGAGAAGACAACUAUGAAGGCUCCACAGUUUCUCUAUCUGACCCAUUGAGUCUUCCAUCCUUGCCUGCAGGCGAUGAGGACUUCAUACUGCGUUUUCUAUGGGAGGGGUAUAAUAUCAAUUUCAUGGAUACUACUAACGUACUAGAAGGGAUAGCAAUCCCCCAUAUAAUGUUAGAAGAGUAA